AUGGCCAUAAUUGUUGUCUCUUGUCGGGAGUCAGUGACAUUUAGGGAUGUAGCUGUGCUCUUCAGCCAGGAGGAGUGGUUGUACCUGGACCUUGCUCAGAGGACCCUUUACCGGAAUGUGAUGCUGGAGAACUACAGAAACCUGGUCUCACUGGGGAUUCCAUUUUCAAAACCAAAAGUCAUCUCCCAGUUACAGCAAGGGGAAGACCCCUGGAUGAUGGAAAAAGGAACUCCUCCAGGCACCUGUCAAGGUGUCAAGAUGGAGCCUCAAAUAGAAGUACUGCCUUCUAGCCAAGACAUUUUUACAGAAGAAACAUCUCAGGAAAUAGUAAUGAAAAAAGCCAUUAAAUAUGGUCAUUGGAACACCACGUUUAGUGAAACUUUGAAUUUUGAUAGAAGGCUAGAACAGGAACAACAAAAGAAACAUCUCAGGCAAAUGGUAGCCUCCUACAAGAAAACCUUCAGUGGGUAUGGAAAACAUAAAAAUCUUGAACUGAGAAAAGACUUGUUUAUAAAUACAAUUCUUGUUAGACAACAAUGUGUUCCUAUAGAAAGGAUACCCAGUCCAUAUUAUACUUUUGGGAAAUAUUUUAAACAAGAUUUUGAUCUAAUGAAAUGCUUCCAAAUUUAUCCAGGAGUAAAACCUCAUAUUUUUAGUGAAUAUGGCAGGAGUUUCAACUAUAGUCAACACUAUCUUGAACACCAGAGAAUUCAUGCUGGUGAGAAACCCUACAGAUGUAACGAGUGUGAGAAAUCCUUCAGCCAUAGGUCAUCUCUUCUUGCCCAUCAGAGAAUUCAUACUGGAGAGAAACCUUACAAAUGUAACGAAUGUGAGAAAUCAUUUAGUAGCAGUUCAACCCUUAUCAAACAUCUGAGAGUACAUACUGGAGAGAAACCCUAUCAAUGUAGCGAAUGUGGUAAAUCCUUUAGCCAGUGUUCAACCCUCACUGUACAUCAAAGAAUUCAUACUGGAGAGAAACUCUAUAAAUGUGGUGAAUGUGAUAAGGCUUUUAAUUGCAGAGCAAAACUUCAUAGGCACCAAAGAAUCCAUACAGGUGAGAAACCUUAUAAAUGUAGUGAAUGUGGAAAAGGUUACAGCCAGUUUACAUCCCUUGCUGAACAUCAGAGACUCCAUACUGGAGAACAACUAUGUAACUGCAUGGAAUGUGGGAGAACCUUCACACGCAUAUCAACUCUUAUUGAACAUCAGCGAAUUCAUACUGGACAGAAGCCUUAUCAGUGUAAUGACUGUGGCAAAACCUUCAAUCAAUAUUCAUCCUUCAAUGAACAUCGGAAAAUUCACACUGGGGAAAAACUUUAUAAAUGUGAGGAAUGUGGGAAAGCUUUUCGUUGCAAAUCCAACCUUUAUAGGCAUCAGAGAACCCAUACUGGAGAGAAACCUUAUCAGUGUAAUCAGUGUGGAAAAGCUUUUAGCCAGUAUUCAUUCCUAACCGAACAUGAAAGAAUCCAUACUGGAGAGAAACUCUAUAAAUGUAUGGAAUGUGGAAAGGCCUACAGUUACAGAUCCAACCUUUGUAGACACAAAAAAGUUCAUAAUAAAGAAAAAUUCUAUAUAAAAGAAUAUGAAAACCUUUUAUCUAUAGCUCCUUGCUUACUUACUUAUCAUAAUUUUCUUAGAGGAGAUAAGCUCAGUGAGAUUGAAUUUAUCUCAUAA